UUUGCAGUGAAAGUCCUCAACCUUCAACAGCAAGGAGCUCUGAGGAGCUUCAUGGCCGAAUGUGAAGCUUUGAGAAACAUUAGCCAUCGGAAUCUUAUUAAAAUCUUAACCUGUUGCUCAAGCAUUGAUUAUAAAGGCAACGAGUUCAAGGCUUUAGUUUUUGAGUACAUGAACAAUGGAAGUCUAGACAGGUGGUUACCCAAAGAUGGGUAUGACCAGCAAAGGGGGAAUUUAACCUUUAUUCAAAGGUUAAAUAUAGCGCAUGAUGUGACUUCUGCACUGGAUUAUCUACACCACCAUUGCCAAACACCAAUUGUGCAUCACAAUUUAAAACCGAGCAACAUUCUUCUUGAUGAUGACAUGAUUGCCCAUGUGGGUGACUUCGGGUUAUCAAGGUUCUUAUCGGAGUUUUCUCAAACCAUAUUGCUUGGGGUGAAGGGAUCUAUUGGGUACAUCGCUCCAGAGUAUGCGAUGGGCAGUAAAGCUUCCACACAAGGAGAUGUUUACAGCUAUGGAAUCCUUCUCUUAGAGAUGAUAAUUGGAAAGGGGCCAACUGAUGACAUGUUUAAAGACAAUCUAUACCUUCAUCAUUUUGCCAAGUUGGCGUUGCCUGGACGAGUAAUGGAGAUUGUAGAUCCAUAUCUCUUUGAAGAAGCGGAAGUUACUCAAGGCAGUGGAAAUCAUAUCAAUGCAAGGAAUAAAAUGCAUGAUUGCUUGAUUUCAAUGGUCAGAAUUGGUGUGUUGUGUUCUUUGGAAUCUCCGAGAGUCCGGUCAAUUCAUCUGGCCUACGUACAACAUCGAAGGCGGGCCUGUCAUAACUACAAAUAUGCGACUGGGCAAUGGCUUGGACAGCAUAGCCCAAUUUCCUCCUUCGGAAUGGAGCUGCUAUCUGUGAGUUCAAGGUUAUUUUGGUCAUUUCUUCUCCAUGCCAGGCUCUUCUUGUGUUUGUCCCAACGGUCUAGUUCUGCCACCGUCCCUGCCAACGAAACCGAUCGACUGGCUCUGCUCGCCUUCAAGGACCGAAUAACCAAAGAUCCUCUCAACGUCAUGAGCUCGCGGAACCACUCUCUUCAUUUCUGCAAGUGGCGAGGAAUCACGUGCAGUCUCAGGCAUGAGAGGGUCACCGUCCUCAACCUAACGCCCUUCGAAUUGGAAGGUUCUAUUCCUCCCCAAGUAGGAAAUCUCACUUUCCUCACGCUAAUCGAUCUCCAAGACAACAGCCUCCGUGGUGAAAUUCCACAAGAAAUAGGACGCCUUUUCCGUCUCCGGCUUCUCGAUCUCAGCUCCAAUUCAUUUGGAGGAGAAAUCCCAUCCAAUCUCACGUACUGCUCCAACCUCCGAGUCAUCUAUUUUCAAUUCAAUGAGCUAGUAGGUGAGAUUCCCAUCGAGCUUAGCUCUUUAUCGAAGCUCCGUGGGUUAUUUCUCCCUGUAAACCAUCUCGUUGGAAGCAUCCCACCUUGGCCAGGAAACCUUUCGUCUCUCACUCAUCUUUCUGUAAGUAGAAAUAACUUACAUGGAAGCAUCCCAACUGAUUUAGGUCGCAUCCCAAAUUUAAAAUUCCUCCACAUAGCUGAAAAUAAUCUGUCCGGUACAAACCCUUCCACUAUUUACAAUCUCUCUGCACUAUUUAUUUUGGCAGUCCCAGCAAAUCAACUUCACGGAACCCUUCCGCCCGACUUAGGCCUCCUUCUUCCUAACCUCCGUGGCGGAGUUCCUAUGAAUGUUGGGACUCUUCGAUAUCUUCGUAUAUUCACUAUUGGCGGUAACCGACUUGGAACAGGGGAAGAAGAUGAGUUGAAAUUCAUCGAUUCGCUUCCCAACUGUAGCUACUUGGAAAAUUUUGGAUUUCAUAACAACAGUUUCCAAGGCUUGCUGCCCAGUUCCAUAGCCAAUCUGUCGAUCGGAUUCAAUUGGCUGGCGAUUGGAUUCAACCAUUUUUAUGGAAGCAUUCCUCCGGGGAUUGGGAAUCUCGUCAGCUUGAACCAAUUGAAUCUGGAUCAUAACAAUUUCACAGGUACCAUUCCUAUCAGUAUAGGGAAGCUUCAAAAGCUGCAAUUUUUAGACUGGUCGGUGAAUAGAUUUUCUGGGCGAAUUCCAUCUUCCUUUGGCAACCUCACUGAAUUGAAUGAGUUUUACCUGCAAGAAAACAGCCUAUUGGGAAACAUACCUCGUAGUCUUGGAAAUUGCCAAAAACUGAGAGUUUUGAACCUUUCCCAAAAUAACCUCAAUGGUACAAUACCCAAACAGCUCGUUAGCCUCACUUCUCUGUUAAUAUCUCUCAACUUAGCUAGAAACUCUUUGAUUGGGUCCUUACCCGGGGAAGUGGGUAGCUUGAAAAAUCUUGAAGAACUAGAUGUUUCCGAGAACGAACUGUCGGGGGAAAUUCCUGAAACGCUAAGCGGUUGCCAGAGCUUGGAACGAAAAUCAAGACAGAAGCAUUUGCAAACUUCCUCGGAAGACCGGUACAAGAACUUCUCUUAUGCGGAGCUUCUCAAAGCAACUGAUGGGUUCUCUUCACACAAUUUGAUUGGCGUAGGAAGUUAUGGUUCUGUUUAUAAAGGAUACUUUGUUUCAGAUGGCCAAAUUGUUGCAGUGAAAGUACUCAAUCUUCAACGACAAGGAGCUUCUAGGAGCUUCCUUGCAGAAUGUGAGGCAUUGAGAAAUGUUAGGAAUCGGAAUCUUGUCAAGAUCUUAGAUUCCUGCUCAAGCAUUGAUUUUAAGGGCAAUGAUUUCAAAGCACUAGUUUUUGAGUACAUGCCGAAUGGAAGUUUAGAGGAGUGGUUGCAUCCAAAAGUCGAUGAGGAACAUAAGCCAAGGACUUUGAACCUUAUUCAGAGAAUGGAGCUGCUAUCUGUGAGUUCAAGGUUAUUUUGGUCAUUUCUUCUCCAUGCCACGCUCUUCUUGUGUUUGUCCCAACGGUCUAGAUCUGCCACCGUCCCAGCCAACGAAACCGAUCGACUGGCUCUGCUCGCCUUCAAGGACCGAAUAACCAAAGAUCCUCUCAACGUCAUGAGCUCGUGGAACCAUUCUCUUCAUUUCUGCAAGUGGCGAGGAAUCACGUGCAGUCUCAGGCAUGAGAGGGUCACCGUCCUCAAUCUAACGUCCCUUGAAUUGGAAGGUUCUAUUCCUCCCCAAGUAGGCAAUCUCACCUUCCUCAGGGUAAUCCACCUCCGAGACAACAGCUUCCAUGGCGAAAUUCCACGAGAAAUAGGACACCUCUUCCGUCUCGAGCGUAUCGAUCUCAGCUCCAAUUCAUUUGGAGGAGAAAUCCCGUCCAAUCUGACCUACUGCUCGAACCUCCGAGUCAUCAAUUUUUCAUUCAAUGAGCUAGUAGGUGAGAUUCCCAUCGAGCUCAGCUCUUUAUCAAAGCUCCGUUGGUUAUUUCUCCAUGUCAACCAGCUCGUCGGAAGAAUCCCACCUUCCCUGGGAAACCUUUCGUCUCUCACUCAACUUUCAUUAGCAAGAAAUAACUUACAGGGAAACAUCCCAGGCGAUUUAGGCCGCAUUCCAAAGUUAGGACUCCUCCAGAUAUCUCAAAACAAUCUGUCCGGCACAAUCCCUUCUCCCAUAUACAAUUACUCGACUCUGUAUCUGUUGUCAGUCACAGCCAAUCAACUUCAUGGAACCCUUCCACCCGACUUAGGCCUCUUUCUUCCUAACCUCCAGUACUUCUAUGUGUCGAGAAACUGGUUUACCGGACCCAUUCCGGUUUCAUUAGCCAAUGCUACAUUCUUUCAAGAGCUCUAUCUCACCAACAAUGAUUUCACUGGAGGGGUGCCUAUGAAUCUUGGGACUCUUCGAUAUCUUUAUAUACUCACCAUUGGUGGUAAUCGCCUAGGAACAGGGAAAGAAGAUGACUUGAAUUUCAUCAAUUCCCUGCCCAAUUGCAGCUACUUGGAACAAUUUGGAUUUCAUAACAAUAGUUUCAAAAGCAUGCUGCCUAAUUCCAUAGCCAAUCUGUCGACCCGGCUCCAUUGGCUAGCGAUGGGAUUCAACCACCUGUAUGGAAGGAUCCCUGAAGGAAUCGGGAAUCUCGUCAGCUUAACCCAAUUGAAUCUGGAUCAUAACAAUUUCACAGGUGACAUUCCUUUCAGUAUUGGGAAGCUUCAUAAGCUGCAAUUUUUAGACUUGUCAGGAAACAGAUUUUCUGGGCAAAUUCCGUCGUCCAUAGGCAACUUCACAGAACUGAAUGAACUUUACUUGCAAGAAAACAGCCUAUCGGGAAACAUACCUCCGAGUCUCGGAAAUUGCCAAAAACUAAUAGCUUUGAACCUUUCUCAAAAUAACCUCAACGGUACAAUCCCCGAACAGCUCUUUAGCCUGUCAUCUCUGUCAAUUUCUCUCAACUUGGCUAGAAACUUUUUGAUCGGGUCCCUACCCAUGAAAGUGGGUAGCUUGAAAAAUAUUGGGGAACUUGAUGUUUCAGAGAACAAAUUGUCCGGCGCAAUUCCUGGAACGCUAGGCGGUUGCCAGAGCUUGGAACGCCUGUACAUGGAAGGUAAUGCCUUUCAAGGGACCAUUCCCCAGUCAUUGAACACCAUGAGAGGCCUUAGAGAGUUGGAUUUCUCACGAAAUAACUUGAGUGGUCUAAUUCCAAAAUAUCUAGAGAAUUUUACUUCUUUACAGAAACUAAAUCUUUCUUUCAAUGAUUUUGAGGGCCAAGUGCCUGUCCAAGGGGUGUUUGAAAAUGCAAGUGGGAUUUCUGUCAUAGGGAACGGUAAACUCUGUGGAGGUAUCCCAAAACUAGGCCUACCCAAAUGCCUUGUUCUGAGAUCCAAAUCGCGAAGGUUUUUAAGCCUGAAAGUAAUCAUACCAGUCAUCAUUGUUGCUGUGUGUUUGAUUUUAUUAUUGUUGUGCUUUGCUCCUCUUCUUUGGAGAAGAAAAUCAAGACAGAAGCAGUUGCAAACUUCCUCGGAAGACCGGUACAAGAACGUCUCUUAUGCGGAGCUUCUCAAAGCAACUGAUGGGUUCUCUUCACACAAUUUGAUUGGCGUAGGAAGUUAUGGUUCUGUUUAUAAAGGAUACUUUGUUUCAGAUGGCCAAAUUGUUGCAGUGAAAGUACUCAAUCUUCAACGACAAGGAGCUUCUAGGAGCUUCCUUGCAGAAUGCGAGGCAUUGAGAAAUGUUAGACAUCGGAAUCUCAUCAAGAUCUUAGCAUCCUGCUCAAGCAUCGAUUUUAAGGGCAAUGAUUUCAAAGCGCUAGUUUUUGAGUACAUGCCGAAUGGAAGUUUAGAGGAGUGGUUGCAUCCAAAAGUCAACGAGGAACAUCAACCAAGAACUUUGAACCUUAUUCAGAGGUUAAACAUAGCCAUUGAUGUUGCUCAUGCUCUGGAUUAUCUUCAUCACCAUUGUCAAACGCCCAUUUCUCACUGUGAUCUCAAGCCAAGUAAUGUUCUUCUUGACAAUGACAUGGUGGCCCAUGUGAGUGAUUUUGGCAUCGCAAGGUUCCUUUCCGGGGCCGUUGAUGAUAACUCCACAAACAAAACCAACUCCAUUGCGGUGAAGGGAUCCAUUGGGUAUGUUGCUCCAGAGUAUGGUAUGGGUGGCAAUGUUUCUACGGCGGGUGACGUGUACAGCUUUGGAAUUCUUUUAUUGGAGAUGUUCACGGGAAAAAGGCCCACGGAAGACACGUUUAAGGAUGGUUUAAACCUUCAUGAAUUUGUCAAGAUGGCUUUGCCAGAUCAAGUUCUGGAGAUAGCGGAUCUGCGACUCUUAGAAGAACAAAAAGAAGAACAAGAGCAAGAUCAAGAAAUAGAGGAAGAAAUAGCAUUCAGUCAUAUCAGAAGUCCGGAAGUUGAAAGUGGUAGUGUCUUCCGGUGCUUGGUUUCUUUGCUUGGUAUUGGAGUUGCAUGUUCUGUUGAGUCCCCAAGAGAACGGAUGCUGAUGAAAGAUGUAGUAAAUAAAAUGCAUGUGAUGAGAGACAUGUUUCUUGGGGCUGGGAUCUAUAAGGAAGGAAGAAACAAGACCCUUCGCUGAUGUGGGCCCAUUCGUCUUACAUCAACGUGGCUGUCAUCAGCUCAUGUCCACUGGCAAUUUGCAUAUAUCAAUAAAAUUGGAUGGCUGAAAACCACUUGUCGAGCAUGUAAUUGUUACUGAUGUGGACAUUGCAAUUGGUGACUUUCAUGGUAAUUGUCUUGGCCCAGGGUCAUGUCUGGGAGCAAUCUAUGUACAAGUAUUAUGGAAUUUUCCGCUUCUCUUUUUCUUCUU